AAAUAGAUGUUGGGUUUAGGGUUUAGAAUCUUAUAGAACAUUCUAGAUUGAUAAUCCAUUUUAUCGUUACACAAUCUCUACCCAUCUCUUCCACUUGGACGGGUUUAACGCAUUUCCAUUUCCGUUGCCUCUGCAGCUUCUUCCAAACCUCUUGCCUCCGCCGUUUAGCUUACUACCUUAUCCAUGGCGUCUAUGUUCUUGACUGUGAAGCCUUUUGUGAACAAAUUUGAAACACCCACUUUCUCUAAUCAGAGAUUACACAGCACUCGGAGAAUUUCCCUUAAAGUCUGUGCAGUGGGGAAGAAAUUGGAACCCGCCAAGGUUGUUCCACAAGGGGAUAGAGUUCUCAUUCGGCUCGAGGAGCUUCCUGAGAAAUCAGCAGGAGGAGUUCUACUUCCCAAGUCAGCUGUUAAAUUCGAGCGUUAUCUUUUAGGAGAGAUCCUCUCUACAGGUGCUGAUGCCGGGGAUUUGGGGCAAGGAAAGAAGGUUCUUUUCUCAGACAUAAGUGCUUAUGAGGUGGAUUUAGGCACAGAUGCAAAACACGUCUUCUGCAAAGCAAGUGAUUUACUGGCUGUAGUUGAGUAAGCUUUAGGUUACCCUUAUUCUUUUGUAAGGCAGAAGGAUUUUUCAUUGCUGUGGCUACAAAAUGUAGUUGAAUAUUAUAUAUUUUUGAAGUCUCUGACUCAGUUCCAUGGAGAUACUAUUUCUCUCAGCCUAAAAGAUAUUCAGUCUGCUUUCACUAAUUUAUAGAAUUUUGAUUUCUCAAUGGUAAAA